UGUUGCAGCCAGGCUGGGCGCUAUGACUGAAAUCUCGCCUCUUGGGUCAGAGAGGGCGUAGGUCCUGAGCCGAGACGCACGCUAUUCACUUAUCGUUGAAGGCCCGCGUGCGACCGACGCUGUCGGUCUGCGGCCUCCCAGAACGGAGCCCUAGCAUGCCGGCGAGGGGGAUUGGCGCGGGAAGUGAGUGAUGGUGGGCGGCUAGGUUGGCACAUCCCGGGGGGGAAGCGACUCUCACUUCAAGCAAAACUGUGCGGGGUGGCUUUUCCUCCUGGCGGCCGCCAGGGCCCGGCAGGCAGGGAGCCAGGCCCACAGAUAGCCAAGGCCCCUCCUCCGCACGAGCCGCGAGGAGCUGCAGGCGCUCCUGAAGAGAUGCGAGCCGCUGCUCGCACGCAUGUGGGGAGGAAUGCAGAUGGGAAGGAAGGAGAGGAGGAGGAGGAGGGGGAUGGGGAGGAGGAGGGGGAUAGGAAGGAGGAGGAUAAGACGCUGCUUUGCGCCGCCGCGCGUCAGCACAGGCAGGCGCAACAGGCGGAGAGCAGGCGCAUCAGCCUCCCUCAAAGCUCCUGGCUGCACCCUCGCCCACCCGAGGGAUCGCGGCUAGGGUGCGGAACACAAAUAUUGAGGGCAGCCUCACACUGUGAGGAAUGUGAAUGCAGGCUGCCUGUAAGUCUACUGCGGCUGCACAAGGAGCCGCAGCCAGUGGACUUCGGGUACUUUGGCAUCCAGGAGCCGCGGGGCCGAGAAGGUCCGUCCACCCUCCCGACCUUCGUCAGCUGGGUGCGUCCCGGCCAGACACAGUUUUCUGUUACGGGCAGGGUGCGGCCUUCAUCGGGCUCGCGGUUAAUUAACAGGUGACCCGCCGUUCCUGUCGAGAAGAGUCUGGACGACACGCAUAGGACGCAUUGGCCUGGCGCGGCUCACAAUCGGUGGCCACGCGAGGCCGAGGCUGGGACGAUGCCAGCGCGCGGCACCACGGCCGCAUGAGGAGGAGGAGGAGGAGGAGGAGGAGGAGGAGGAGGAGAGGAGGAGGAGGAGGAGGAGAAGA